AUUUUUUUUCCUUUUUGUAUUUUUUGCGGUGAAGUGGCCCGCGACACGGCUGUCCGAAAUGGAUAUGGCCCGCAGGCCGAAAAAGGUUGGGCAUCACUGCUUUAUGAUAACAAACCUCUUAGUGUCGUACAGAAACAAAACAACAACACGAUGUAAACAAUCAAAGUUACUCUGACAGCCGCCGCCCCUUCUGAACAGGCCUCUCUGAAUAAACCUGAAAAUGAAAGUAAUUAACACUCUUCCUAGACUAUCAACUAGGGCAAGAGAAUACGACUUUGUUAUUGCAAAUAAUUAUUUAUAAAAUAUCUAAAGAUUUAUGUCGCUUUUCGCAUAGAAUUGUACAUAAAUCUCGAAAAAGGAAAAGUUGAAAGGACAUUAUUACUGAAAGUUAUGUCUGGUAAUAUCCUCUGUACAUACAGUCACUGGACCUGUCACAUAGCUUUAGUUAAAAUUGUUAAUUUGUUGUCAGAUAAGGUCUAGAAAAAGCGUUGUCAAGUGUUGUCUUAGUACAACUUUAUAAUUAUAAUUGUAUUAUUCUAAAAUUUGUACUCUCCUAAUUAAAACAAAGCAAUUAAGACAGAUCAAUUUCACCAACAAAAUGUCUGGCAUGUACUUUUGGUUGGUUGGUUGUUUAGAUGGGAAAGUGCUUCCACCCGAGGGCGAUUUCGCACUGUGUGGGAGAGGGAAAGGAGGUAGGGUAGAUAUGGAAAACUGUAGAGAUUUUCAUAAACAAGGAAAUAUUCUUGUAGAUAAGUGUUCUGAUUGGAUGCUUCAACUGCGUUCUACUGCCAUGUGACAAAACUUGAACUCUGGCAAAAUCUAGAACAUGGUUAAUGUCUGCCGUUCCUUUGAAGCAGUUCACUCGGUUUUAAUAUUGAAGUGAAAACCCGAAAAACACUUCCUUGUCACAAACAUGAUUUAUCUCCUUGUUUUUCUGACCCUUUGGAGUCGACUUGCUGCACACUACACUUGACACCACUGCUUUCAUCUGUGGAAAUAGAAGGACCAUGACAACAAUGGCCAAGACGUCUGAAUAUUUUUUGAUGUUUGUGACUUUGGGGUCCUUACUUCACAACACUUCGCUGAUGACAGAUGCCAUCAGUGACAUUCCAAGAGAUUUAUCCAGGUAUCAAGUUAUAAAAGCUGAAGAUAAGGAUAAACCUAGAGUCACAUUUCACAUCAAAGCGGACGUCUGCAAUAACACAACGCAGUUCUGUCGAAUCAAACUCACAACAUAUGAGGCAGGACUGGCCGUGGAUCAAUGCAAAUUUUGUGUCCAAAACCAAUCGUGUAUCAGCAGCAAUACAUCAAAGUCAUGUUCCUGUGUACAGUCUGAGAAGGGAGACAUCAUCUACUACAACGACACAGUCAACUUCGCUGCAUCAAACAUUCAAAUCUUCUUUUGGUUUGCAACAACUGUGAGCUCGCUUGAAACAGAGAAACCAGUGGAAACAGUCUUCAUGAUUCGUGAGUCAGGGGCGAAACAAGCUGAUGGAGAUGCUCAAUGCUCUUGUUUCGGUCUGCUGCUCAUCAUCGUUCCCUGUGCGUGUGUUAUCAUUGACGUUUCCAUUGGUGUUAUCUGCAUCGUCAGACGCAGAAGAAAAACUCAAGAAGCCCGUGUCCCAGUCGGUGAUCCCUUCCCAAAAGAGUCACUGGAUAUGACAAGCAAGCACCUCGACCAUAAACCUCACUUGGCUCAAUUGCCGAGAAUGAGGGGAAGCCAUCUCCAUCAUGAACCCCACCCAAGACGGUCGUUGAAUGUGUCAGGCAAGGGACUUGAUCAAGAUUCCCACCGAAAGAGUGCGCCAAGCAAGCUUCUCUACCAUGAACCCCACAAGAAAGAAUCUUCAAAUUCGACAGGCAAGAGUCUUGACCUGGACCCACGCGCGGAAAGGUCGCCAAACAAGCAGGUCACGGAUCACAGCGAUAUCAGAGAUUCGACAACAGACGAUUCCUACGAUCAUCUACAAAGAGCUUAACAUGCGAAGACAUCAUCAUCAUCGGCUUCAUCAACAGUCUGACAUCAACAGACGUCUUGGUAGACAGAGAGUCGCAGGCAGAUGACUACACAGGGGACAAUGAAUGUAUCCAGACUGUGUAGACCAACCCACUGGGUAAACUGAGUUAAACCAAUGACUGAAUUAAUAAGACUUUAACAUUUCUUUGUAAUGACACGUGUCCAGGAGCCUUCUGAAUUCAUCCACUAUGGCUUAUUUCAGUUGGCAUUAUCGUUUUCUCUGAACAGGAACCUAAUGCUAGAUGCUUCCAUUGCUAGGGGCAAAGAGAUAAAGGCUUAGAUAAGAGCAGAAACAUAGGAAGACAGUUCACACUAAACUGUGACAUUUGAAAGACUCACCAAUCCAUGUUGUCCUUUUUUCGAGCCAUGCUACCUAAUUCUCUAAUGCGGAGAAAAGCCAACACUUCCCCAAGUGACACAGAAUUCCCUUAGGCCGGCCUCUUGUUGUCCUGACUAACAUAAACAACAUUCCUGUAGUAGUUCCUCAGCAAUAAAAAUUUAUACCGAUUAUCUAUUUUUCGUAUUUUAAAACUCCCCUGGUUCUCAUAUAUUUUAGGCUGUUUUUAAGUCACUUGUUGUCGUGGUGAUCAACAUGGUGUCGAGGUGUCAAGGGAGAUAAUUAUUUUAUUUUCGAGCAUUUUGAUUUGUGAAUAUUGUAAAUAUUGUUUUUGUGUACAUAAUGAUGACAACCAUUUGCUAACCAUUUGUAAUGAUCUUUUUUUUCAGACGCCACACAGAUAAAGUCUUUAUUUUGUAACUAACACUACGAAGUAAAGUAAAUAAGAAAUCACAAAAGCUAACUCUCAGAAAAUCAAUUUCUCCUCAUGACAUUGUAAAUUAACAGAUUUUCAUAAAAUAUAGCAGAGGCUUCUAAUGGAAAAUGAGAGAAUAUUUUAUUUCAUUUAAUUUGUGGUGAUAUCUAUAACAAACGCUCAUUUCACACGUUUAAGGUAAUUAUUAGGAGGUCAGAGAGAAAUUCUACCUGAAGAAAAUUGUAAAACGGAUUGUUCUAUAAAUGUGUUUGUCUCUAGCAGUCCAAUGAAACUCAAUGUGUCAUUAACUUUUACUUUCUGCCGUUUGUUUAAUCAAAAAUUAUUACACGAUAUGUGAGCAUAAUAUUGUCGAGAAAUUUUAAUGUUAUUUGUUGAAUUCAACAUCUUUUAUUGCACAAAAGGAAUGAGAUUGGGCCACGCGAUACUUUCCUGUAACUGCGCCAGAUGUUUGAAGAAUAUUGUCAUAAGCUUGAGUCAGACAACGCAAAUCAGUUAGAGAGAAUCCCUCUAUCUCUUUCUCUCACUGUCUUUCUCUCACUCCUUAUAGUUGAUGGUGUACAACGAGUUUCUUCACAUAUGCCUAUUGCACUUCAUUGUUGCAAUCAUAAAUAACUUUUUACAACAGGCGAACCUCUUGUCACAACAGGGUGGCAUAGACAGAAGGCAGCGUUUCUUUUGUACUUUGAGCAAGAUGUAGAUUAAGCUGUUUGUAAAAACAAAUAAAAUAAAA